AUGGGUUCACUGAUCGCCCGAAAUGUUGCGUACAAGCCCGGGCGCGGGUGCGCGUGCGGAUGUCAGCGGCCCGGGGUCACGCGUUGGCAGGUGUCGCGCCUUCCGCGCCGCGCCCUCGACCCAUCCCCGCCCGAGUAUUUAGGCAUCGGUGGAUGCCGUGAUACCAUCAGCAUUCCAGCCAUCCACCAAUUCGCAAGAAUGAGCCCCGUUCAGCGCCUCCUCCUCUCCAGCGGCCUGUUUUUGGUGCUGGCCCUGGUGCACAAUAUUCAGGCGGCCCCCACUGCCAUCGCGCUUCGGGACGAAAAUGCUGAGACGACCACCGAAUUGGCGCUUACUGUAAAGCUCCACCGCCAUCGAUACUCUCACCGAGACCGACGAGACUGGCGUGCGACUGAAGAGGAACGGAUGCGGAUGUGGUUGCUGCUGCUGCAGACCUUGCUGUUGCUGCUGCCGCCCCUGCUGCUGUUGCCGGCCCUGCUGCUGCUGUUGCCGGCCAAAAUGCUGCUGCUGCCGCUGCUGCAAGUGCUGCCAAUGCUGCACCUGCUGCAAAUGCUGCCGUUGCUGCUGCUGCCGACCAUGAACCUGAAGAUCAAGCUCGCCGACCAGAUCGAGAAGGCCCAGCGCGAGUCGGCCCUGCCCCAGAUCACCUUCGUCCCAUCGGCCGAGGAGAAGUCCGCUGUCGUCUCCGCCGAGCAAGAGGUUGCCAAGGUCGUCGAGGAAGUCCCGAAGUUCGAGGAAACCAAUGUCAACUCCGACUCCCACGAACACUAC